AUGCUUAUCCGAAUCACCACUUUCCAACUUCUCAUCUCAGCCCUGCUUCUGCUCUUCUUGUUCUCAUCCUGGAGAAGGUUUGAUUCCCACAAAGGGGUCUCAGCUGCAACCAAGACCCACGUGCUGAUCCUCUCCAGCUGGCGCUCCGGGUCGACCUUCGCGGGGCAGCUUUUCAGCCAGAACCCAGCAGUCUUCUACAUGAUGGAACCAGCCAAGCACGUGUGGAACCGCAUGCCCUGGGGCAGCCCUGAACUCCUCCAGGGGCCCCUGCGGGACUUGCUGCGCUCCAUCUUUCUCUGUGACAUGGAGGCCCUCUGUGCCUACAUCGAAAACCCCAGCAACGUCUACAAUCUUUUCAUGUGGCCCAUGAGCCGGGCACUGUGUUCUCCUCCGGCCUGCGAGGCCUUCAGCCGCUCUGACAUUGUAGGUGUAAAAGAGUGUCAAUCUCAGUGUGGCCACACCCCCUUUGAGAAGAUUUCAGAAGCCUGCACCACCUACAGCCACGUGGCAGUGAAGACUGUUCGCUUCUUCCAGCUGGAAGCACUCUAUCCACUCUUGAGGGAUCCCUCCCUCCAUCUCCACGUUAUCCACUUGGUCAGAGACCCCCGUGCUGUGUAUGCUUCCCGUCAGGUUGUUUCUCUUCUCCCCGAUGACCUCCUCAUCAGCAAUGCCGUCAACAGCACCCCCAGCACCCGCGGAGUCAUGCACAAGAUCUGCCGCACCCAGGCUGAAAUGUACCUCGCAGCCUUGUACCGCAUGCCUCCAGCCUGGAGAGGGCGAUACCUCCUGACGCGUUACGAGGACCUGGUGGGAGACCCACAGGGGCACCUGGCCAAGUGGUACCAGUUCACCGGCCUGACAUCCUCCCAUAGGCUCGAGUCUUGGCUCUACAACAUAACGCACUGGCCCAAUGGCAAGAAGUCUGGCCUUUCCAGGGUGGAGCCCUUGGGAAUACAGAGAAAUGCCAACAUGGUCUCUCAGGCGUGGAGGAAGCAUCUCAGCUUCCAGGAGGUGCAAGACGUUCAAACCAUCUGUAAGCAAGCCAUGGAAGUCUUUGGUUAUAAGCCAGUUGGAUCAGAGGAGGAGCAGAGAGAUUUGACACUGGAUCUUGUCCUUCCGCAGAGAAAAACUAAGUCCCAUGCAGAGAGACCGUAG